AUGUUGUUCCUCGUCAGCUGUUUGGCGCUUGUAGCCUCCACUCUGGGGUGUGGAUCCCCUUCCAUAAAACCCCAAGUGAGUGGAUACAACAAGAUUGUGAAUGGUGAGACUGCUGUGUCUGGAUCUUGGCCCUGGCAGGUUUCUCUGCAGGACGACAGAGGAUUUCACUUCUGCGGAGGUUCCCUGAUCAACCAGAACUGGGUCGUCACCGCUGCUCACUGCCGCGUGUCCCCUAGAAGCCACCGUGUGAUCCUGGGAGAGCACGACCGUAACUACAACAGUGAACCCAUCCAGGUCAAAACCAUCUCCAGGGCCAUCUCUCACCCCUACUACAACGGCAACACGUUCAACAAUGACAUCACGCUGCUGAAGCUGUCCUCUCCGGUCCAGAUGAACAACCGUGUGUCACCCGUCUGCCUGGCCUCCUCCUCCACCAGCAUCCCCUCCGGAACCAAGUGUGUCACCACGGGAUGGGGCCGCACCGGCUCUACCUCCAGCCCUCGGUACCUGCAGCAGACGGCUCUGCCCCUGCUGACCCCUGCUCAGUGUAAGAACUACUGGGGACAGAACAGAAUCACUGACGCCAUGAUCUGCGCUGGAGCCUCCGGAGUCUCGUCCUGUCAGGGCGACUCUGGCGGCCCCCUGGUCUGUGAGAGCAGUGGGGUGUGGUCUCUGGUGGGCAUCGUGUCCUGGGGAACCUCCAACUGUAACGUGCGCACUCCCGCUGUGUAUGCUCGUGUGUCCUACCUGCGGCGCUGGAUCGACCAGACCAUCGCCUCCAACUAA